AUGAGACUUGGAAGUGUAGGUGAUGUUUGAAAUUCACUGAAACUUUUCAACUUGAGUAACUGAAAUAGCGAUAUCGUUCGAAAAAAAAAGAAUACAAAAACAGAAGGUACCGUUGCAAAUUUGACAGGUACCGGCAAAAAAAGAAUUGAAAAAAAGUUACCAAACCACCAUGAGGCGUGCAACAAGCUGGAAAGGGCUGAGGGGAGGAAAGGCUCUUUUUGCGAGCUCCGACUCCGCCCACAUCUGAUCUGCGCAGGGAGUGACAUCAUCAACCUGCCGGGCAAGACGUCGUUCUCUCCGGGAGGCUCCACCAAAUUAAACUUUGGCAAUCGCUACCCUCCGCGAACUCUGUUCCAGAGUGAAAUUGGACAUCUUCCGACGGAAGGCCUAGGUGUGAAACUAUCUGCGCAAAAUUCUUAGAACAUUAUCUGAGCCUUAUUAAACAAACUAUGAGAAUUGGAGAGAAUAUUUGUAAGGUGAAAAAAGUAAUCGACAUUUAAAAAAAACCAUAAGGAUAUUUUUGCGCUUCACAACGGUUAAGUUUAGGAGAAAUCAUUUUCAACUUCUAAGGAGAUUCUAAUGGGAAAAAAUUCUAAUCGACCGAAAUUCACAAAUGUCAUUGAGCAAGUUCAAACUCUAGAGUUAAAAUUUCCAUGACCUCUCUAAAAAAAAGUUCCACUGGAACUUCCGUGCUCAAAGUUCCUUAGCGCUCUAAAAAGUCCCUGUAAUUACAAAAUUUUGGGUACAGCUGAAAAAAAAAACAGAUCAAAAAGUCAGUUAUUUCAUUUGCCACAGCUUGAAUAGACUGACUUCUCUGCGCCCUCACCUUUUUCUGGCAAUUUUUCUUUGAAGAAUCGCUUUUUGAGAACAAAUUCUGGUGGUAUUCAGAAAUCCCGCAAUUUUUGAGCUGCUCUUCAUACAAUUUUUCUCUUCCGAAAUCACGCACUUUCGAUCCUCUUCAGACUUUUGUAGCUUUCUGAACUUUUUCUUGAUAACCAUGCGCUCUAGUUUCCACACUUGGUUACACGAGAAUUACGAAAUAGAAACCGUUGAACCUUCAACGCCUUUUGAUAACUGAUGAUUAUGCAUUUGUCCACAGUGAGCUUGGAACUCGUAAGACAGUAUUAAUUAAUCUUAGGGAUCCCAGAGUGGUCCCUAUAGGAGUUAGGAAGAAAAACAGGUCCUAUAGAGAUUUAGAUGCAACUCGAAGCUUGUGGUCCCUAUAGGGGUCCCUUUUUUUCAAGAUUUGAAAAUCAAAAAUACAUAAAAUAAAACUUGAUCAAUUCAUCCUGUGUUGAUAUUUUAAAAAAACUUAUUUACUGAGUUUUCGCAUUAAAACGCGUUUUCUCAAAGUUCAAAACAAUAAUCGACUAGCAUUUCAAUAAAAUAAUCCCUAGAAAUUUCUCCAUGUUUGCCCCCAUAGGGACCUCUCUAGAGUUCCGAAAUUCUCCCAUUUCAAGAAAUAGUCUAAUUUUUGAACCACCAGUUAAAUUAGUUUAAACUUAGUUUUUCAAAAAAUCUACGAUUCGAAAAAAAAAUUAAAGCAAACAGAAGGACCAAACGUGUAUAGAAAGCUGUCGGUUGUUGGUCAGAGUUCCCUGAAUUUCUAAUGGAACGGCUUGUCGUGACAUUCUCGCCAGUUUACUAUUGCAUUCAUAACUCCUCGAGGCUGAACAUGAUCUGGAAUCUGAACUGGAAAAGUUUUCAGAGUGAAGUUCCGAAAUGAAUUUUGAAUUUCUCUCCACGUUCGAUUUUGCGAAUUCCCACGCGAAAAAAAGCUUUGUUGCAAAUUGGAAUGAAAAGGCGGCAAUUGGAAUGCCAACUCCAACUUUAAUUGUUGAAACAUUAAUCAGGGGAGAAGAUGCGCUUACCCGGAUGAAAAAAAAUAUUUUUAUUCUUUCAUUUGUUCUCCAAACUACUCAAAAAAACAAGAUCGUGAACUUCUCUUCUUUUUUUUUUCUUUUGCUGGAACUGAAAUUUUUCUUAUCGGAAUUGAUUAUCAAAUAACGAACUUUCUCGGUGCUACCUUCGUCAACAGCACCGAGUAGCUCAAGAGAAAAACUUCAUAGCGGAAUCUGAUAACAGACAAGACAAUCGGAUCUUGCGAUUGCACCAACUUUCCAAACUGAUAAGAUGGACACGCGCUUCGCCGAGAAGGGAGAAUAAAAGGGAAGGUCGCGAGCAGCUCAUCGCCGUAUCACUGCGUUGCCGAACCUUCCAACAUGGUUCGUUUCUCUUUUUUGACCGUUUCGAAAAAAACUCUUCUGUUUCAGAAGGUCCUCAUUUUCGCCGCUCUCGUCGCAACCUCGCUUGCCUUCGUUGUUCCCAACGCCAAUGAACUCACCGGCGAAGAACUCGCGUCUUACGUCAACAAAGCGCAAAACAGCUUCGUUGCCGUUCACACUGGCAAGACGAUCGAAGAGCUGAAAAAGGGACUGAUGAAGGAGGAGUACCUCGUUGAGCCAAAGGAUGAGGAGCGCGCUCCGGAGCUCAUCAUCGAAGCCGACAUUCCUGACAGCUUUGAUGCUCGCACUCAUUGGAGCAAGUGUGCUUCGAUUCAGCACAUUCGUGAUCAAUCGACCUGCGGAUCUUGCUGGGCCUUCGGUGCCGCAGAGGCCAUUUCUGACCGUAUCUGCAUCGCCACCAACGGAGCUCAACAGCCAGUCAUCGCCGCCGACGACUUCCUUUCCUGCUGCGGACACACAUGCGGAAACGGCUGCGAAGGAGGUUAUCCUAUCGAGGCUUGGCGCUGGUGGGUCUCCAAGGGAGCCUGCACUGGAGGAGACUACGGAGGUGCUGGCUGCAAGCCGUACCCGAUCCCACCAUGCAACAGCAACUGCAAAGACUCUGCUACUCCGGCUUGCCAUGCCUCUUGCCAGUCCGGCUACUCGAUUUCGUAUGCGCAAGACAAGCACUUCGGAAAGUCUGCCUACGCCGUCGCCAAGACUGUCAGCGCCAUCCAGAAGGAAAUUAUGACCAACGGACCAGUCGAGACUGCCUUCACCGUCUACGAAGAUUUCUACCAGUACAAAAACGGAGUCUACGUCGUGAGUUCUGCUACUUCGUUAGUUUUGUGAAAAAAGUGAUGUUUUUCAGCACACCGCUGGAAAGAAACUCGGAGGACACGCUGUAAAGUUCAUCGGAUGGGGAACUGACAACGGAACGCCUUACUGGAUCGUCGCCAACUCCUGGGGCAACGAUUGGGGAGAGAAAGGAUUCUUCCGCAUCGUCAGAGCCGUCAACGAGUGCGGAAUCGAGGCUGCCGUCGUCGCCGGUCUUCCCAAGUAA